GAAACUGAUGAUGCAUCAGGAAGGAUCCAUAUAAUGUGAGGAAUAUAAUGUGAGGAAUAACAGCCACACUAAGAGAGGAAAAUCGAUUUGUUCACAGGUAUGCAGAACAAUCUAGAUGGAAUCAUGGAUUCCAGAAAGAGGAGAUCUGUCUCACCUUCACCUGAGUCCAGCUGUGGGUCCAACGUGUCAAUGGAUCCUCCACCUAAAUUCAGUUCUGCUAAACAGAGGAGAUCCGUCUCGCCUUCACCUGAGCCCAGCUGUGUGUCUCACGUGUCAAUGGAUCCGCCGCCUAAAUUCAGUUUGGGAGGCUCUUCUGCUAAACUGAGCUACAGUAAAAAACAGGAGGGAUCAAUAUCCUCAAAUGGCAAGAUGUCACUGGAUGCCAUCUUCAGGGAGCUUGAGGACACAAACAUCUCUUUGAUGAAGAAAGAGCUGAGAAGGUUCAAGGAACUGCUGAGGCCAGAUUUCCAGGCAUGCUCUGUGAGAGAGGAGGAGGAUGAUGAGGGUCAGAGUCGAGUGAGCGAGGGAGUUCUAAAGAUCUCACUUCAUGUCCUGCAGAAGAUGAACCAGACGGACCUCGCUAACACACUACAGACCAAGCUGAUCUCAGUGAGUCAGCAACAACUGAAAUCCAGACUGAAACAGAAAUAUCAGAGAAUCAGCAAUGGAGUCUGCAAUGGAGGGAAUGCGACACUUCUGAACGAGAUCUACACAGAGAUUUACAUGACAGAGGGUGGGACUGGAGACAUCAACGACGAGCAUGAGGUGAGACAGAUCGAGACCUUGUCGUCCAGAGGUCUAGAUACACCGAUCAGAUGUAAUGACAUCUUCAAACCCUUACCUGGACGAGACAAAGUCAUCAGGACAGUUCUAACCAAAGGAGUUGCCGGAAUUGGAAAAACCGCUUCUGUGCAGAAGUUCGUCCUGGACUGGGCUGAAGGAAAAGCCAAUCAGGAUGUUCACUUCAUAUUUCCUCUUCCUUUCCGUGACCUCAAUUUGAUGAAGGAGAAGCGGAUGAAUCUGAUGGAGCUUCUUCUGUGUUUUUUCGCAGAACUGAAACCAAUAGAAUAUAAUGACUUCAAAACAAUCUUCAUCUUUGAUGGUCUGGAUGAGUGCCGUCUUCCUCUGGAUUUCCAGAAUAAUGAGAUUUUGUGGGAUGUGAACGUAUCGGCUUCAGUGGACGUGCUGCUGACUAACCUCAUUAGAGGAAACCUGCUUCCUUCUGCUCACCUCUGGAUCACCACGCGACCAGCUGCAGCCAAUCAGAUCUCUUCAGAGUGUGUUGACCAGGUCACAGAGGUCCGAGGGUUCAGAGACCCUCAGAAGGCUGAGUAUUUUCGGAAAAGGAUAAAAGAUCAGCGUAUGGCUAGUAGGAUCAUUGCACACGUCCAAUCUUUGAGAAGCCUGUACGUCAUGUGUCACAUCCCAGUGUUUUGCUGGAUUUCUGCCACUGUUCUGGAGAAGAUUGGUGAAGCAGAAGGUGCAGAGAUUCCCAAGACUCUCACUCAAAUGUUCACACACCUGCUGAUUGUCCAGACCAAACUGAAGACCCAGAAAUAUGAUGGGAAAUGUGAUCUUCAGGAGAUCAGAAAGAGCAUCCUGUCACUUGGGAAACUAGCUUUUGAACAACUGGAAAAGGGGAACCUGAUCUUCUAUGAGGAGGAAUUGAGAAAGUGUGGCAUUGAUGUCCGAGAAGCGUCUGUGUACUCUGGAGUUUGUACCCAGAUAUUCAGAGAGGAGUUUGGACUGCAGUUGGAGAAGGUUUUUAGCUUCAUUCAUCUGAGCGUUCAAGAGUUUCUCGCUGCCUUGUAUAAGUUCCUAUCCUUUGCUCAGGACAAUAAUGAGUGCUCAAUUACAGAUUUUAUGAAGAGCGAAGUGGACAGGGCCUUGCAGAGCAAGAACGGACACCUAGAUCUCUUCCUCCGCUUCCUUCUGGGACUUUCGCUGGAGUCCAAUCAGACUCUCCUGCGGGGAUUAUUCACACCUAGAGGAAGCUCCAGUUGUACACGAGAAACGGUCAAUUUCAUUAAGAGUAAAAUCAGAGAGAAUCCUUCCCUGGAGAAGUCCAUCAAUCUGUUUCACUGUCUGAACGAGCUGAAUGAUCAUUCCCUUCAGCAUGAGGUCCAGACGUACCUGAGCCGCAGCACAGGUGCCCAUCGCCUCUGCGGAGUCAAGCUCUCUCCGGCCCAGUGGACGGCGCUGGUGUUUGUACUGCUGAACUCGACAGAGGACCUGGAUGAGUUUAAACUGAGGGAAUAUGAUCUAUCAGAGGAGUGUCUUCUGAGGCUGCUGCCGGUGGUCAAAGCUUCCAGAAAAGCAGAGUGAGUAUAUUGUAGUAUUUAGUUGCUUUCAGAUCAAAUCUGUUCAGCCCUGGCCUUUGUGCUCAGCUCAAACUCUUCACGUUUGAGAGAGCUGGACCUCAGUGACAACAACCUCCAGAUCUCAGGAGUACAGCUUUUCUCUGCUGGACUGAAGAGUCCUCACUGUAAACUGGAGAUAUUGAAGUUGUGUAACUGCAAUAUUCGAGAGGACAGUUGUGCUGCUCUGGUUCCAGGUCUGAUAUCAAACCCAUCACAUCUGAGAGAAAUCAGUCUGAACUCUAAUAAACCAGGAUAUUCAGCAAUGAAGCUUUUGUCUGUUCUACUGGAAGAUCCGCAUUGUAAACUAGAGAAACUACAGCUGUAUAACUGCAGUAUUGGAGAGGAAGGUUGUGCUGCUCUGGCUUUAGCACUGAUAUCAAAUCCUUCACAUCUGAGAGAAUUUAAUCUGAACAAUAAUGAUCCAGGAGAUUCAGGAGUGAAGCUUCUCGGUGAUCUACUGAAGGACCCACACUGUAAACUAGAGAAACUACAGCUUGAUGACUGUAGUAUUGGAGAGGAAUGUUUUACAGCUUUGCUUUCAGGUCUGAGAUCAAACCCCUCACAUAUUAGAGAACUCAAUCUGAGCAGGAACAAACCAGGAGAUUCAGGAGUGAAGUGUUUGUCUGAUCUACUGAAGGACCCACACUGUAAACUGGAAAUACUACAGUUGGAGUCCUGCAGUAUUGGAGAGGAAGGUUGUGCUGCCCUGGUAUUAGGCCUGUUAUCAAACCCAUCACAUGUUAAAGAACUCAAUCUGAACUACAAUGAACCAGGAGAUUUAGGAGUGAAGCUUCUGUCUUUUCUACUGAAAGACCCACACUGUAAACUGGAGAAACUAGAGCUGAAAUACGAUAGCAUUGGAGAUGAAGGUUGUGCUGCUCUGGCUUCAUCUCUUAUAUCAAACCCAUCACAUCUGAGAGAACUCAAUCUGAGUUGGAAUAAACUGGGAUAUUCAGCAGUGAAGCUUCUGUCUGAUCUACUGAAGGACACACACUGUGAACUGGAGAAACUACAGCUGUAUGACUGCAGUAUCGGAGAGGAAGGUUGUGCUGCUCUGGCUUUAGCACUGAUAUCAAACCCUUCACAUCUGAGAGAACUCAAUCUGAACAACAACGAACCAGGAGAUUCUGGAGUGAAGCUUCUCUCUGACCUACUGAAGGACCCAAACUGUAAACUGGAGAAACUACAGCUGGAAUACUGCAGUAUCGGUGAGGAAGGUUUCACUGCCCUGAUUUCAAGUCUGAAAUUGAACCCGUCACAUCUGAGACAACUCAAUCUGAGCAGGAGUGAACCUGGAGACUUGGGAGUGAAGAUGCUGUUUGAUCUCCUGAAGGAUCCACUGUGUAAACUUGAGAAACUACAGCUUGAUGACUGCAGUAUUAGUGAGAAAGGUUUUGCUGUUCUGGUUUCAGGUCUGAGAUCAAACCCCUCACACAUAAGAGAACUCAAUAUGAACUCUAAUAAUCCAGGGUUCUUAGGAGUAAAGCAACUCUAUGACCUACUGGGAGAUCAGCACUGUAAAUUGGAGAAACUACAGUUGGAGAGCUGUGGUAUUGGCGAGGAAGGUUGUGCAGCUCUGGCUUUAGUGCUGAUAUCAAACCCUUCUCAUCUGAGAGAACUCAAUCUGAACUACAAUGAACCAGGAGAUUCAGGAGUGAAGCAUUUGUCUGUUCUACUGAAGAACCCACGCUGUAAACUGGAGAAACUAGAGUUGUCUCACUGCAAUAUUAGAGCGAGAGGAUGUGCUGCUCUGAUUUCAGCUCUGAGUUCAAACCCAUCACACCAGAGAGAACUCAAUCUGAACUAUAACCAGGACACUAAACAGUGAUGCCGCUCUCUGAUCUACUGGAUGCUCACUGUAAAGUCAAAUUAAUGUUUUCUCUUUUGUUUUAAAGGUGCCCAAGAAUGCUUUUUCACAAGAUGUAAUAUAAGUCUAAGGUGUCUCCUGAAUGUGUCUGUGAAGUUUCAGCUCAAAAUAUCCCAUAGAUUUUUUUAA